GGUUAUGUUUUGAUGAUAACGCGAUUGAAUUGGGUUGGAUUAUGGAUUAUGGAUUAAACUUAGCAAGAAUGCGUAAAAAUUGCAGUUUGAAGUGUUUUUGUCAUCUUAUUGUUUAGUUACUGGUAAUCAGAGUAAUCUUUUACAUUUAUUUCACUUCCAUUUAUAUUUUUCCCUUGAUACUGCGCGCACAUACUCUGUAAUCUGUUCACUACCCAGAAGGUAUCCUCAAUUCCUGAACGGCUAAUCCCUCAGAGAUUUCAUGUUUGAUCUCAUUAAUACAAUUAGGAGAAAGUCCUCUGUGAGCAGCGCUGAUUUAAUUUUUCAUCUCGCAUAAGGAAGUUUAUUAGUCAAAUAUUGGAUUCAAGUAUCCAUCAGUAAUGGAAGUUUUUGGGUUGAAAGACUUAAAAACCGUUCCAGACAUUUUCCACCCCUACACUGAUUUGUUGCGGACAUCCGGAACGCCAAUUGUUAUUGACAACGGUUCUUAUCAGUGUAGAGUAGGAUGGGCAUCCGCACAGAAGCCAAAUCUCAUUUUCAAGAAUGUCCUUGCCAAGCCAAGGAAAGAAAGAGGGAAAAAAGUCACGGAGCUGCAAGUGGGAAAUGACAUCACUAAUAUGGAAGCAGUUCGACUUCAACUGAAAUCUCAGUUUGAUCGCAAUGUCGUCACUCAUUAUGAUGUCCAAGAACAAAUAUUCGACUACUCAUUUUCUCACCUGAGUAUAAACACUGAACAGUCCGUUAACCACCCUAUCUUACUCACAGAGGCCUUUUUGAACCCCAACUAUUGUCGACAGUUUAUGUCGGAGCUCCUAUUCGAAUGCUAUCAAGUACCUGCAGUUUGCUAUGGUGUGGACUGCCUUUUCAGCUACCAAAAGAACAACCCAGCAGCUCAGUAUGGGCUGGUAGUUGGCUGUGGUUAUCACUGUAUUCAUAUAAUUCCUAUAGUUGAUUUUAAACCUGAUUACUCUCGGUCGAGAAGAAUUGAUAUCGGUGGAUUCCAUGUUGUUAACUACCUGUAUCGACUACUGCAACUGAAAUAUCCUGCCCAUUUUGCUGCUAUUACUCCCUCUAGAGCAGAGGAGUUAAUUCAUGAACACAGUCGAAUUGCAAUCGACUAUAAAGAAGAAGUGAACAAGUGGGCGGAUUUAGAUUACUACAAUAAAAAUGUGAGGAGAAUUCAGUUACCAUUCAAUAUAACAACUCCAGCGCUAACACCAGAGCAACAACUUGCUCGCAGAAAAGAAUUGGCAAAAAAACUUGUUGAAAUGAAUGCUCGGAAGCGCGAAGAAAGGCUGGCUGAAGAAGAGGAACAACUGAAUCAGCUCUUGGCGAUUCAAGAGAUGGUGGAGUUCAAUGAUGCAGAAAAAAAUAUUCAGGAAGCCCUGAAGUCAUUUGAAUUAAAGGAUGUAAAUGAUUUGAUCAAGUCAAUCAACCAACUGCGCUCCAAAAUUGAAAAAACCAAACAGAAAAUUUGUGGAGCAAAUGUUGUGACUGAUACUAUUGCUACCGAGGAGCCAAAAUUGAAGAUUAUGAAGGAAAUGCCUGUGCCAAAGAAGGAUGAAGACAUGAAAAAGUGGAUCAGUGAUCUCAGAGAAAAGAGGCAAAGAAUUCUAGAUAAGCGGUCAGCACGGAAACAACGCAAGCAAGAUAUGGCGAAAAGGAGAACAGCAGCAUCUUGGGAAAGAAUGAGAAUCAUUAGCCAGCUAGCAGGGAACAAAAAAGACAAACGAGAUGAUGAUUUUGGGAUGCGAGACGAGGAUUGGGACGUCUAUAAAGUCAUCAACAAGGAUGGAGGGGAUAGUGAUAGCGAAGAAGAGCAAGAAAAACUGAUAGAACUAGAAGAAGUAUUGCGCCAAUACGACCCUGUCUUCAGUGAAAAUUCAAACGAGCAAGAAUUAAACCCAGAAGAAGCGCACCAACUACAUUUCGGAACUGAACAUAUCCGCGCCCCGGAGGUACUAUUCCAACCUUCUAUGAUCGGUGUAUCUCAAGCAGGGAUUGCCGAAACAAUUGAAUACAUCUUAAAACAGUUUAAUGAGGAAACGGCAACAAAUUUAGUUUCAAAUAUUUUUAUCACUGGAGGAUGCGGAAAUUUACCUGGUCUAAAGGACAGGCUGCGGAAAGAGUUGAUGGAAAUUCGACCCUUCCAAUCAACGUUUAAUAUUAGUGAAGCAAGCAACUUGAUGUUGGAUAGUUGGUUUGGUGCGAAAGAGAUGGCUCUGUCUGAUGAUUUUGCAAAACUUAGUAUAAGUGUGAAUGAAUAUGAGGAAAAGGGAAUGGAGUAUUUUAAAGAGCAUUUUGCAUCAAACGUUUUCGUUCCCUCCCCAUCCGCAAUUCCAGUUGAGGAGAGUCCUCAAACCAGUCAGACCCCUGUUUCAUAAAUGUACUUUUUAUCUGUCACAACUGUCAGUCCUAGUUCUGUUUUUAUCUGUGAUUUUACUGUAUCGUAUGUGUAUUAAAGUUUUUUUUUAUGCUUAGAUUUGUCAUGGUUUUUAAUGACAAGUUUUUUAAUCCCAAAAGAACAAGUUAUCCAAAGAGAUCAUUUAUAAAAAAAACCUAAAGCUGUAUUCUUAAUAUUGUUACUCCUUUUUUUCAACUCUUUUUAAUACAAGUUUAAACCGACCUCAAAAA